UCUUAACCAUUUUACAUACCUACCUAUUUUAUUAUAAUAUAAUCCGGUCGAAUGCACUAGAGAGUAGAGGCAUCAAAUACAUCCAAGCUAUACUCCAGAGUCCAGUCGUUUUUGAUCAAAACAUAUUUUUCGGACAUAUUUCGACUCGUUGAAGACAUCAAAUUAUCGCAAUGGCUGAAAGCAGAGGACAAAGUACCAAAAAACCAACUGAUUCUCAAAGAAAAUUACAAGAAUCACAAUCGCAAGUAGAUGAGGUCGUCGGAAUUAUGCGAGUGAAUGUUGAAAAAGUGUUGGAACGUGAUCAGAAACUUUCAGAGUUGGACAACAGAGCUGAUGUUCUGCAACAAGGUGCAUCACAGUUUGAACAACAUGCAACCAAGUUAAAAAGGAAGAUGUGGUGGAAGAAUUUGAAGAUGAUGAUUCUUUUAGGAACGAUCGUGGCAGUCCUUCUUAUUCUCAUAGUUUCUUCUUAUGGUGCUAAAUAUUAUGAAGUAUAACAUAGGUCAUUAUUUUCUACCUAAUUUUAUUUCAUCCCUAAACAUUGGAAAAUAAGACAAUUUUCUGCAACUAAAAUACAUUACUAAAAUACUUUGCAAGAAAAAUAAUUAAUUAUUCUUUCUUCUAUUAGAUUUAUAUGUUUCUUAUUGUGAUAAUAAAUAUUGUUUAAAGCAUUUUUAAUUGAUCAUCUAAAACUAGUUUUUGUCGGUUUUUUUAAAAAGUUGUUUAUUAAAAUCAAAUCCAUAACAUGAUAAUUUUGUUUAACUAAACAUUAUUAUGGUUUAUACAACUUCAUAUUGUUUAAAAUUGUACAAUUAAUUCAUAACCAUUCAUAUAUUUAUACAUUUUAUAUUAUAUUUUGUUUGUAUUACUUAAGUGAACAUUGUGGAUUGGCUAUGGUUACGCAUU